ACUUCUUCUCAAAAACACACACAAACACUAAAACUUUGUUAUCUCAAAGACUUAACUCUUUUUAACUCACGCUGUGUUUGCUUUAUCCGCGUCUCCUUAGCCUCUGCUUCUGGGGGGAAUUUCCCCCACCCACCACUCCUUACUAAAAGACACUCUCAUUCUUUCUCUCUAUCCAAGAUUCUCCUAUAUUCUAAAACACACACACACAUUCUCUCUCUAUUUUUUCCUCUCUUUCUCAAGACCUAUUACUCCCUAUAGCUGUUACCUUGUGAUCAUUAUCUUUCUAUGCAUGUUCCAUGCCAUUUGUUUUUCCGGCGAAUAAGUAGAAGCUAAAAGAGUGGCGAAAUGAAGAGAGAUUUUGCAUGAACAACACCAAGCUUUAAGAUAUUUCAUUUUAUUAUUAUUAUUAUUAUCAUAUACAAUAGCUUAAAGGGAAGGCUCUCAAAUAGAAAGCAAGGAAAAGCCGACAAAAAGGAGCAAAGAGAGAGAGAGAGAGAGAGAGUCCUGUUGAAAGAAAGGAAGUACAAGCAAGAAAGAACAAGGAAGUGAAGGAAAAAGAGGAGCUGACGACUGUGAAAAAAGCUUCAAAGGGCUUUGGGAGAUCCAUCGAUUUUGCUUUCUAUCAGCCACAUCCAUCAUCAUCAUCAAUAACAAUAAUAGUAUAGAAGGAGGUGUAGUUUGAAGAAAGAAUUAAAGGUUUGACUGAAGAAAUCUAGAAAGAGCAAGGUGGAACAUGGCGUCUUCAUCAAAUUCCCCAUGUGCAGCUUGCAAGUUUCUGAGGCGAAAAUGCCAGCCGGAGUGUGUUUUUGCACCCUAUUUCCCACCGGACCAACCACAAAAAUUUGCAAACGUCCACAAAGUGUUUGGUGCAAGCAACGUCACCAAACUUCUCAACGAGUUGCACCCCCACCAGCGUGAAGACGCCGUCAAUUCUCUCGCCUUUGAGGCUGACAUGCGUCUCCGUGACCCUGUCUAUGGCUGCGUCGGACUCAUUUCCGUCCUCCAACACCAACUCCGCCAACUCCAAAUGGAAAUCAGUUGUGCCAAAUCUGAACUCUCUAAAUACCAAAACUUAGGAAUCGCCAGUCACGGCCUAAUUGCCGCUGCUGCCAACAAUUACAACCAUCAGCAGAACUUGGGGAUUAAUCUGAUUGGUGGCGGUGGCGGCGUGAGGGACCACCAUCACCAUUACCAUCACCAAUUCUUUCCAAGGGAUCAACAGCAGCUGAUAAGGAGCUUUGAUGGCGGAAACAACUAUGAUGCAAGCCUUUUGGCGAUGAACGUGUCAGCAAACCUACAACUCAGUCAGUUUCCGCAACCUAGGGCUGCUGCUGGGGAUGACCGCCGCACUAUUGAUCCCCCUUAGGGUUUCUUUCCUUCCAUGGAUCAAAAACUUGUCCAAACCCUUCAUAGGGUUUGGACUUUGAACUGAAGGAUUCAGCAUUAAAAGAGAGUUUAAGAGAGAAAGAGAAAGUGUUUGGGAUUCUAUCUUAAUUAAUUAUUGAUGAUACCCUUUUACAGACAAUUUUGUCAUAUGUAGCUUGUAUGUCUCUUCAGUCUUUACUUUUAUUAUCUAAAUAUUAAAGUAUUUUCUCAUAU